GUAGAGUCGCAAAUCACACCGGUCAACGUACACACACGGUUCACAGCAACGCGUAUUCCACCGCCGCCGGCCUUUGAGCGAGCCGCCCGCGAUUGCAGAUUAUUAAUUUACAUCCGCAGAGUAAACUCGGCGCAGCCCCGGGGCACCUGUGUUGCGUUCGACCGUCCCGACACGCACCAUGCACUGCACCGUCACGUCCGUCGCUUACGCCGCGAUAGCGUUGAUCGCCGUCUCCACCGUUUUCAGCGCACACACCGUGAAGGCACAAAGUAGUGAGAAAAAUGAGAUACGUUGUUAUGUAUGCAAUAGCCAUAAUGACACGGCUUGUGCGCAGGAAAAACUUCCAGAUCGCUUUAAAACGGAAUGCUCAAAAUUAAAUAUAGGUGUUUCUGAAGAAAAUCGUAAAAAUUAUACUCUCUGUAGAAAAAUCAUACAAACAAUAGAGCCGAAGGUCAACGGAUUGCCAUCAGAUAAAAAUCGGAUCAUUAGGACAUGCGGAUGGGACGUUUCAAAUUACAAUAACAAAUGUUAUCAUCGAUCCGGAUUUGGUGGUAAACAGGACGUGUGCACUUGUUUGACAGAUUAUUGUAACUCUGCACAAAAGACAUACAUAGCGUUUGCCACUGUAGUGGCAGCAACACUCGCUAUACUUAUUUUGUAGAAAUUUAGAUAUUACUCUCAAAUACAAGACAAAUAUUUUUGAUUUAA